AACAAGUCCGUCUAAAAAGGGCAAUUCGUUGUCGCCUUUAUCAACGGAAAAACAGUCACGUAAGGAAGAUGCAAAAAAUUCGGACGAUCAGAGUCAACUUAAUGAAUCGACCGAGCAAAUGGUGAAAGGGGAAGAAGUUCGUGUUGUUCCGCCUGCCGGCGGACAUCGUCGACGAAGACCGCAGACAAUGCGGAAACACACGAACGCUAGACAAAGGAAUCGUAGAAUAUCUUCGUCAGAUGAUGAAUCUUCCAAAGACGAUAAAAAUGAAGAAUCCGUUGAAUCAACCCAGAGCAUUUCUGUUUCUCAUUCCAAGAAAUCCGCACCUGUCAAGACGAACACAAAAGAAUGCAAUGCGAAUGCGGUGCGAGAUCGGAAAACGCCAUCAGAAACGAAAAACGAACAUAAAGAAGUAUUUUCUGAGUACGGAUUCCUUUGUUGCUUCUUAAGUUAUAACGCAUUCUAUACUUUCCAUCGGACUGAUAAUGUAAUCUUUCUUACAAUUAGUAAUUUGAGGGUUGUGCCGUCCACAAGCAGUAACCACCGAACGGCCAGCACCAGAGCGGAUGUGAAACAACAGAAACGUAGCAAAACGAAUGGCGCUGAUAGAGAAAGCUUUAAAAUCCCGUCAAUUUCAAAGGCGAAAUCGACUGUCCCCAGCUCACACAAGAAAACAGUUCCGAAAUCAGCGGGUAAUAUGACUGAUGAAAAGCACGUCCAGAAAAAAUUAACAUCUUGUGGUGUACAGGCAUUCUUAGAGGAUAUAGAGCAGCAUCCAUCAACGUCACUCGUUCCUGUUUCGUCUCAAACAUCUGAUAGUGAAUUAAUUGAAUACCUUAUGGACAAGUGGAACAAUGAAGAGAGCGCAACAUUGUGUAAAGAAAUUGAUUCGAAUCAAAUGAAACGACGACUGAAAAUGGCACGUUUCGUGAUAGAGUCACAACGGAACGAAAUCAAGAAAUUGAGUGAUAAAUAUUGUAAAUUGGAAGAACUUUUUUGCUGUGCGAAAAGUGCUUUUGACGAAUUGAAGUGA